AUGAACCCCCUUCGUUUGGAAAUGGUCAACAAUUUGUUCAAAGACGAAUCACCUAAACCCUGGUAUCCUCUUUAUGGCAAGCAUAUUAUGGACAUUGGUUGUGGUGGUGGAAUUCUUUCUGAGCCAUUAGGACGCCUUGGGGCCAAAGUUAUUGGAAUAGAUCUUCUUUUAGAAGGAAUUGAAGCUGCAAAGGAGCAUCUUCGCAUGGCCAAUCCUGAUAUUUGGGAAAGUGUGCCUUUUGGUCCUCCAGAAUAUCAAUGUAUCAGUUCCACAGAAGCUGCUGAAAAGUAUCCUGGCUUCUUCGAUGCCAUCAUUGCUUCCGAGGUUUUGGAACAUGUCUCGGAUUGGGAACAUCUUGUUAGUGAUGUCUCCAAGUGUCUGAAACCUGGUGGCCAUUUCAUAGCAACUACUGUGAAUAGGACAUUUUUGUCGUACUGGCUUGGUAUUAUUGUUGCUGAACAAGUUAUUAACAUUGUUCCCAGAGGAAUGCACACUUGGGAUAAAUUUAUUGAACCCUCUGAAUUGAGCAUGGCUGCUAUCAGACAUAACCUUCAACCUCGAAAAGUGCUUGGUAUGACUUAUUGCCCACUUUCAAAUGAGUGGAGCUGGAUUGGUUCACAGGCCAUUAAUUACGCCUUUCAUGCCGUCAGGGUCGAUUCAGGAAACUCUUAA